AUCCGUAUUCAAGAUGAAAGAGUGCGUUUCAAUCGUGUUGGUAUUUUCACAGACUUUCUGGAAAAUUUCUUUGAAAACUGGACGAAAAAAUGCAUCUAUUUGUCAAAAUCUUAAAAGGAACUGAAAGCAAAGUCACGGUUUCUGCUAGUCACACAGUAGCAGAUGUAAAACAGAUCUUAUGGAUGCAAACAUCAAUGUCCAUUGAUGAGCAGAAUUUGGUAUACAAGGGUAAAACUUUAGCAGAUGACAAACGUUUGAGUGAUUACAAAAUAUCUGAUGGAGACAAACUGUUUCUGUUUCAUAAGAAAAGACAAAUGACCGGUACACCAGAUGCAUGUGUAAUAUCAGCUAAAGAUAUUACCUGGGGAAAAUUAGAAUUUUUUUUGAAAAGACAUUUUACUCUUCAAGAUGCUGAAAAAGUAGCUACAGAAUUCAAAAAGGAUUUCUACAACAGAAUAGAUGGUCUCAGUUUGGAUGAUAUAGAGAGAUUAGCCAUUUGUCAUCUCCUUACUCAUAGAUGAAAAAAGUUGCUUAAAACUUUUGACAAGGAGCAUUUGAAAAAAAGAACAAUACAUGUGCUGGAAUAAUCAACAGAUUUUAAAAGAUUUUUAUUUUAGUGAUAAUAUUUUGUUUCUUUUAUUCAUUCAGCUUUUUAGCUCCAUUCUCCAUGAACUUUUACAAAAAUACAUGUAUAAAAAUUAUGUGAUUAUCAAAACUGACAUUUUGUAGUUGACCCUAUUUUGUCCAACUUGCAGAUGGGCAAUUUUAAAAGAACGAUCAACAACUGUAAUUAGCGGUGGUCUUUUUUCCUGAAUUUUGUGACACAUGUAAAAAAAAAAUUAAAGAAGUAAGGUAUGA